CGACCUGCAACGCCGCUCGCCCGGGGCGCCUAUUCUAUUCUCUAUCUUUCUCUGUUCGUCUGUCUCUCGCUGAUGCGGUCGCGCUGAGGCUGAUGCGGGCGCCGCCAUGCCGCGCUGCCUCAUGGCCAAGAAGUGGAAGGCGGCCCCGGCUGCGGAGCUGGCCGACGAGUCGGAUGAGGAGAUCGACGUGGUCGGCGAGGGGCGCGGCCGCAGCCCCGCGCCCGCCGCCACCGCGCCGGGGCCUUCGCCCCGCGAUCCCGAACCCACGCUCCUCUACAACGGUUACACCGAGGAGCAGCCUUCCACGCAAUUCACCGCCCAGCUGCCGAGCGAGGUGAGCCCGGCCCCCGCCGGCCCCGGCCCCGCCUCUCAGCCGGCGCCUCAGCCUCUCUCCUACGCUCUUCUGCAACUCUCCGCCUCUGACUCGACCGAAUCGCCCUUCCUCCAAGUGCAGCUCCAGUCUUCGCCUGUCUCCCCUCCCCCGCCACCGGCGAGCGGCAAGUCCAUCUCCAUGUGCUAUACCAGCACCGGUGCUCUUCUCUCUUUGCCGCCGAAAAAGAAGGACAUCUAUCGCCCGUACUGCCUCGUAGACCGCGCCGCCUAUCUCCAACGAGCCGAAGAAGACCUUAACGCAGCCCACGCUAUUCUCGACCUGAGCCAUCAUGCGGUAUACUUAUCCACCCCUCCGCGGACGGUGCCCGCUCCACCUGAACCACCGCCACCUCCACCGCCGCCCCCGGAUCCUCCCGUUCAAGAGCAAUCAGCAGAACGACCGCGAGAAACCGUCGCCUACACCUAUGAUGCUUUUUUCGUCAGUGACGGUAGAUCUAAACGACGCAAUUAUGCCAGCGCGCCGAUAGAGACCACCGAGCAACCGGAAACUAAGUCUAAGUACACGUGCAGCGAGUGCGGCAAACGGUACGCUACUUCGUCGAAUCUGUCACGACACAAGCAGACGCACCGCAGCCUCGACUCGGGAGCGGCGAAACGAUGCGGAGAGUGCGGUAAAGCAUACGUGUCCAUGCCGGCACUCGCGAUGCAUGUGCUAACACAUCAGCUUUCGCACGUGUGUGGCGUAUGCGGUAAGUUAUUCUCGCGACCAUGGCUGCUGCAAGGUCACUUACGCUCCCAUACAGGCGAGAAGCCCUAUGGGUGCGCCCAUUGUGGGAAAGCGUUUGCUGACCGAUCCAACUUACGCGCUCAUAUGCAAACUCAUUCUGCUGAUAAGAAUUUCGAGUGCUCCAGAUGUCAUAAGACGUUUGCCUUGAAGAGCUACCUUAAUAAGCAUCAAGAAUCGGCUUGCGUGCGCGACGAGGACUCGCCGCAGCCCGAGGCACCCGCAUCCGCGUCCGGCUAGCCGGCUCCGCUGUCGAGCGCCAAUUCAAAACCCGAGCCGACGCAACUAGGGACCGUAAAUGAGGCCGAAUGGUUUACACUUAAACGUAAAGUAUUAAUAUGAAUUUAGCUUGUUAGCGUAAUAUAUAAUAAAUAUACAAAAAAGAAACAGGAGUGAGCGCAUCCGGCGAGGCUUGUGAGGCGUUCACCGGACGCGCUGCGCCUUAAUCGAGCAACGUUUCGCAAACAACGAAUCACGUAUGACCCCGUAGAGUCGCGGCUGCCGCGGCAAUAGGCCGUAGCGACAGACGUCCCGUUAACGUUAACUUUCAAUUAUGUACAUACUCGUCGAUAAAAUAUACCCUUAUAUACAUAGAAGUAAUGAAAUAUGAAUGAAACUAAUAUCUUUUGUAGGAGAUUUUACAACCGCAAUGUAGGUUAGAGAGUAUUACAGUGUAAGUUUAGCGUCGAGAUGCGAGAGCCGAGCGCCGAGCUCGUCGGCGGAGAGAGCGGAGCGCCCGGGCGGGGCGCCCGAGCGCGGCCGCCUGCCUCCUCCGUCUCGGUGAGGAACUUGCCAAAAAUUUCCGUCCGAAGCUCCGCGCACACGCCGCCGCCGCCGCGCCGCGCCCGCGCUUUUUCCGCGCCACGCAGUACUAGCGCGCCGCCUCGCGACAGUGCCUUAGCGGUAGCGAUGGGUGAUACGAGCAUUCAGUUCUAUACAAGUGAUAUACUUGCUUAUAGUAGUAAAGUAACGCUGAAAAAUAUCAGUGACGUAUAGUUACAUUGUAACGGAGCGCAAUGCCAAAAUUAGCUUACGUCGCAAGCGUCAUUAAAUGCAAGGAAUCAGGAUAAAAUAUUAUGAUAUUUUUUAAAAAGUAAAUUGUAAAUUUAAUGUUGCUUGAAUUAUUUCACUGAUACAUGUCAUGCUGGUCCUAUGAUAUGGUAUAUGUGGAUAUAAGCUAUAUCACUCACCUCUACAGAGAGCGGCGACCGCGCGCCACAACCGCUUCGCCGCCGUCGCCUUACCGAAGUAAAUAAAGAUAAUUCUAAAAAAAUUACAAUAGAGACAUGUAAGUAGCACUGUUGGUACCAAUUAAAUAUAUAGGUACCUUUAAUUAUAUAUUAAAUGUAAUAACCCUCGCCUUAAAAACUUUAGUGCGAAAGUAGUAGUUACCCAUUUAUGCAUAUCUCUAACCUAACGCGAACCUUUAAUUGCCUUCUAAAUCGUAUUGUCGAACAUAUGAAGAGAGCUGCGGAUCGCUUAAAAGACUACCAGAUAACUCAAAUAACUAUAAAACUAUAUGACUGAUAGCUUAAUAGAUGGGAUCAAUGUAACAUGCCGGUGUACUCUUUCAUCCAAGGCAUAAUCUCGUUGACACGACGAAGUUGAUAAAAAAUACAACACCUAAAUUCGGAGGCUAGGAACGGAUUCAGAUGUUUGACAUUUUGGACUGCUGUUAAUCGUAAUUACAGAAUGAAAAUUUAAUUUCUACAAUCAAUAAUAUUAUAUAGAUCCAACUGUUAAACACUAAUUAUAAAUAAUAGAUAGGUAUAUGCCGAUAUGUAAAAAGUAGGGGGCGCGGCGGCGAGAGCGUACUGCGGCGAACGACAGGGGCACAGCCGCAAACAUACCACACAGCGAGCAUGCCUUUAGUUGAGCGUGUUACUAGUGACAAGUCAAACGUAACUGGCAAUAAAAUAAUUUAGGAUAAGAUAGCAUUAACAAUAGGUUACGAGGCGAGCACGAGGUGCUCGGUGAGAAAUGGGUAUUCGAAAAGCAAUAAUAAUGUAGGUACAAAGUCGCGCACCGCUGUCUAUUAGACACAGCUGACUUACCCCCGUAGUUCCGUAGUACUUAUAGCGUCCUUCUAGUAGCAUAUAGGCUUCGCAGGCCGAACUGCUCAUAAACAACUAGUAAGCAAAACGGGCGAAAGUUCUGAUUAUACACAAGUACAGAAUUCGUUUCUGCUAAGCCAAUGCUACACAUAGUCUAUUAUUAGCUAGUGCCUCAUAAGUCAAUUCGUCUUUGGUGGAUUUAAUUUGAACCCUGUCAAUUAACUUGAAUCUUUUAAAAAGACAAAGUUCCUGUUAUUUAUUAUAUUCUCUCAUACUGUAAGAGAAAUCACAGUGUCAAUGUUUUGGAUAGUAAAUACAUAAAAUUUUUUGAAGUAAUAUUUUUUUAAAAACGUUUUGAAUAAUGGCGUCCUUAUAAUUUCUAAACUGUUGAUAAUAUAUUUAUUGUGUUGUGUUGAACCAAUCUAGUAAUUUUGCUGGUAUUUUGUUACAAAGUCUGGCACUUUGUAAAAGUAGUCUAAAAUUGAUAGGUAUGUUAAUACCAUUAAAGUAUCAAUUUGAUCAAUUACUGCAACAAAAUCUGGCAAAUGCAUUAAUUGGUCUUUAUAUUGUAAUCCUAUUGAUAACCAUUGUAACUGGCAAAAAGGCCUAAAGAGGCACUUUUCUUGACAUUAGUGAAUAUAUUCCCUAAUCAAAAUAUUCCUAUUAUGUAGAUGUAGUGCCACAUUUUAACUAUACCUAUCUAUAUACUAAAUAGGUCCUUUCACUUACCUAUAUUUAUUUAAUGAAAUAGGCUUUACCAGACAAAGGUUGCGCGUAAUAAGCAAUAUAUUGUAAUGAUAAGCAAUAAGAGGGUAGAAUUUAUGUAGUGCAUAAUUAUUUAUUUAUAAAGAAUUUUUGUAGAUUUUUAGAUAUUUUUGGUGCUUUGGAGUACUAUAUUGAAAUUUUGAUGAACGAAAUCCACAUCGAAUAUUAAUAUGUAUGUAUCUAUAUUGAAACAAAAGUUGUUUUUCGAAAUGUAUUUUAUGCACACAUUCUGAAUUAUCGGGAGCCAUCGGAUAUGAUGUUUUCAACACGAAUGGGACUAAUCAUCUAAACAUAACAAAUAUUAAAGCAUUCCCAAUGCAAUGAAGGCCUCUUUUUCUCUAUUUAUAUCCCCUAAAUAUAGAGAAACAUUUGGUUUUUUCAAUUAUUUUUGUUUACAUUUAACUUUCAUAACUAAUCUUGCUAUGUAGAAUCUAGUUUAUCUAUUGUACUCCUUCGCAUAACUCCUUCGAAAUAAUAAUAAUUGUUUACAUCUAUCGUCUUAUCUAGCUGUCCCAUCGUUUGUCUUAUGUAGAAAAUGCAAAAUGAAUAGCUUAAAAUGAAAUAAAAAUCUAAAACGAGAUAUUUUAUUCAAAUAUUUAUACUAACGUUAUUGUAGUGGGUAUACAGAUAAUUAAGUAAUGAAUAGCUAACGAAACCAACUUAUAUACAAAAAUCUAUACAUUUAAUUGUAAAUACGUCCCUGUGUACCAAAUUUCCCUUCUUUACAAUUUUUGUAGGUGUAGUGUAACUUUAUAAUUACAUAUUUAUAAUUAUAGCGAUGAACAGUUAUGUAGAUAAAAUGUUAAAAAAAAUCAACUAGACUUCAUACAUUAUAGUAACACAUAACUACUGUUAUUCGACCUGUUAUAAUUCGCACCAUGUUAAUUCAAGCAAAACGGUCUACGACCAUAUGACUAUGACAUAUUUACAGCUAGUUUCAUAUUAAAUCGAAAAAAAAAAACAUGUUUUCAACGAGUAGUUACGAAAUAAAAUUGAUUGAAAUAUUAGAAAUAAGUAAUUUUUGAUGAAAUUAUUUGAUGAAACUCUUAAAUAUUUAAUCACAAUAAAUUCAAGUACUAAAAUUGGGUAUGUGCAUGCUAUUAGGUAUACUAAAGUGGACAGAUUUAAGAGAAUUGAAAGAAAGCGAUAAGUAGUUCGAACCACAGUUAAAUCGGCAAAGAGAACCUAAGGGAUAUCAAAGAAACCACAAAUAUAGAUUAAAAUAGAUGUCGCAAUAAUAGAUGCCAAAUACAAAUUACAGAUAAAUAUCGAUUCGGAGUUGUCAAGUGAAAAUGUUGACAAAACUCUGUAUAAUUUAUAAUUUAAUCCGAGUUAGCUGUACUUUAAGAAUUCAUUCCAAGUGACUUGUAUUCUGUCACAUUGAAUUCAAAACUGGUCAGCAAAAUAUAAGCACGUCGGGUUUUAGAUAUACCAUCAGUUUUACAGUCAUGAUUAUAUUUUUCUCUAUUUUAGAGAUAUCACGAUAUUUUCGAAUGCGGCUACUAUCUUUUAUUUUCCAUAAAAUCUGAAGUACAUGCGUCAUCUAUCUUUAUUUAUGUCUGGGUUUACUCCGUUUGAAGAAACACUAAUUAUUUCGCUAACAUAUUAUAGUUACGAAACUGAAAGACUUUUAAGAAUGAUUAUUCAGGGGCUAGUUAAACUUGUAAUUUAUAGAGCACCGUCCGAAACUAUGUCCCAUUUCCUGUUCUGUCCUUUGUAUCAAGAAGGACCUUAACGAAGUAACCUGCUGUGCCGUAGAAGUUGUUAACUUCUGGUUUUGAAAAGUUUACUUGGUAUUUACUCGAAAGAAGUAAAAGAAAAUAAUAACCGUAUUCUUUCAGCUUUAAAUUAGAGUUCAGAAUAGGACAGUAUAAGGACAAAAAUAACACACUAACAGAAACUAUACCUGAUACUGUAUGUAUUUUAUUUAUAUGUGAUUUACAUAGGUCGUAGUCCGUAUUUGUGCCAUAUAAAUACUUAGAUAUUUAAUUAAAAUUUUUUUUGAAAUCACUAUUUUAAAUGAGAAAGCUUCCAACCCAUACUUUUAGGU